ACAACAGGACUCUUUUGUGAUCAUAGUACAUGUAUCAGCCUGAAUUGCAAGCCAAGUGUUCUCUGCAGACAUAAGACAAGGAAAGAUAUCAGGAUGAGAAGGAACAUGACCCUGCAAUUGCUUAAGUGCUGCCUCAUGCUGAAUGUCUUCCAUAUAUUGAUGGGAUCCCACCUGAAAGGAAUUGACAUCCCUGAAAAGAAGCACCACAAAGUUCAGCAUGGACAUUGCAGCUACACCUUUCUUCUCCCUGAAAUAGAUAACUGUAAUCCACCUCCUGUUGAUUACCAGGUAUCCAACUCUCUGCAGAGGGAUGAACCGACACAACCUGAGCACCACUGGCACAGCAAGAAGAUACAAGAACUGGAGGGCAUCAUGGAGAACAAUACACAAUGGCUGCAGAAGCUAGAAAGCUACAUCCAGCACAGUGGCAAGGGUGAGAUGGGAAACUCCCAGCAACCUCCUGCACAGAAUCUAACAAAUACUAUAUUGGAAAUCGGAGCAAAUCUGCUCACUCAGACUGCUGAGCAGACACACAAGCUGACUGAUGUGGAGACUCAGGUUCUGAACCAGACAAAUAAAUUAGAAAGUCAACUCCUGGAAAAUUCCAUAUUCACCAACAAGCUGGAGAAAGAAUUACUGGUACAGAGACAAGAAAUCAAUAAGUUACGUGAAAAGAACAGUUUUUUGGAGAGCAAAGUUCUGGAGAUGGAGGAAAAACACCAGGAAGAAACAGAAGUGAUGAGAGCUGAGAAGCUGCAUGUAGAUGAGCUACUCUCCAAGCAGAGUGCGCUCAUAACAGAACUAGAGCAGCAGCUCAACACGGCAAUCCUAAACAGCAGCACGUUACAGAGACAGCAGGCGUUCCUCAUGGAGACUGUGGGCCAACUCGCCAACCUGGUUUCACAAUACAAUCAUGUAUCAUUUGCUUUCCCAGAUAUCCCUGUCAUUCCAAAGGAGGAACAGAUGAGUUUCCAGGAUUGUGCAGAUGCUUAUAAAGCUGGAGUCACAUCAAGUGGAGUGUACACUUUGCGCUUCUCUAAUGCUACAGACUCCGUAAAAGCGUUUUGUGAGAUGGACACUAGUGGUGGAGGAUGGACUGUCAUUCAGCAUCGCAAGGACGGAUCUGUGAACUUUAACCGGAAUUGGAAGGAAUACAAAGAAGGGUUUGGCUCGCCUCCUGAUGAGUACUGGCUGGGCAAUGAAUUUGUUCAUCAGUUAACAUCUCAAGGCUCAUACACCCUGAGGAUCCAGCUGCGAGACUGGGAUGGAAAUGAAGCGUAUUCCCUGUAUGAUCUAUUCUCUUUGGGUAACGAGGAAAAUAAUUACAGGCUGAAUCUGAGAGGAUACAGUGGGACAGCGGGACGGACAAGUAGCUUUAGUGCCACAGAGACAGACUUCAGCACCAAGGAUGUGGAUAACGACAGAUGCAGCUGCAAAUGUGCUCAGAUAUCAACUGGAGGUUGGUGGUUUGAUGCCUGUGGUCCUUCCAACCUAAAUGGUAUCUAUUAUCCAGGUGGAUCUGGUACAGCUAAGUACAAUGGAAUUAAGUGGCAUUACUGGAAGGGACCCAGCCAUGGCAUAAAGUCUGUCAUCAUGAUGAUACGCCCUGCAGACUUCUGAGCUGGUCAACAGAGCUGGUUUCAAAGCCUUACAAGCAACUAUAAUUAUUAUUAUUAUAAUGUAUGAUCCGAGAAACGGUCAUUGUGCAUUGACUGUUCCUGCUGCACGUCCUUUAACUGAUGCAUUUUUCAGAGAUUAUGGCAGGAAAGGUGGACCUAAGGUGACCCAUUUAUGCACCAGCUUACCAUGUUGUAUCUGCAAUCUCCUGAGGACAGGUUCUGCUCAUUAUGUGAUUACUACAGCUGUUACAGAACUACAUAAGCCAACUACAAUCAUUGCUACUUAUCAGUCGCCUCUGAUGUCCUUAUAAAGACUCCGCAAUGAGAGGAUACUGCCUCAGUAUAAUAUACUGUUACUAUUACUUAGGUGCCUCACUUGCUCAAAGCAAGAAGUAAUAAUAUAAGUUCUAUGACCACUGACAAAUGAUGAAUUUGGUCAUAUCCUCGGUCACUCUCUUCUGUCUAGUAAUCUAAGAUCCUGAGACUUGUGUAUCUGAUAAAUAACCUCCAGGUUGAUCUGAUAUUUUCCAUUUCUCACUGUAGAAAAUGUUUUUUAACCUGUAUUCUUCCUUGCUGACCAUAUGUUCAGUGAUGUGUUCCACACGCUUAUUCUUCAUGUAAAGCGUCAUGGGGUUGUUUUUUUAAGGGGACCAAAAUAGUAAAAGUCAUGCGGUGGUCUUUCAAGGGGACCAAAAUGGUAUAGAAUGUAUAAUGUCACAAGCCGUCACAUACAUGUUUAGACACACUUUGAAACCUUACAAAAGUAAAGACUGUGGUGAGUGUUGGAAACUAGCGGUCAAGGCAAUGUCAUAACCUCUGCGUCUGAAAGAACUGGAAUUUCUUCCCACUCGAGCUCCUUUACCUGGAACUAAAGACUCUGGAAGUGGAAUGUCAGUACUCACCAUGCAACUGUGGAAAGUGACUCCUUGGGUUUAAAUGCAUUGUCUAAUCAAUAUUGAUAUCAAUAUGUAACCUUUUAAGAUGAGGGUGAACUACCAUGACAACAAGACGGUUCUACGAACAUAUCUAUCUCUACUAAAUUAUAUUUUUACCUUUGCAUCUUAUUGGCAUUAUAUAUAUAUAUAUAUAU